AUGACCACUCCUACGGCUGGAUAUACUGCGGAGAGGUUUGCUUCUCACUCUAGCGGCUCACGACGUCACGAUACCAUAUUAUAUCCACUUGCUGCACCAGACAGUGAAAAGGCUUCGACACCUCAGGACAAUGUGACCAUACUGGACUGGGAUGGACCGCAUGAUCCUGCGAAUCCAUACAAUUGGCCAAAGCAACGAAAAUGGCUGGUCACGACGACUGCACUUUUCUCGACUCUGAUUGUGACCUUGAACGGCACAGGCAUUUCCGUCGCUGCUUUGGAGAUUAAUCAGGACUUUGGGAUUAGUGAUGCCACGUUCCCGAACAGCUACUGGCCCAUAACAUCAUGGACGCUCGGCGGUGCUGUCUUCGUGAUAUUCUUCCUUCCGGUCAUGGAGGAUGUGGGUGUGCGGAUCGGGUUUCUAGUGACCUACAUUUUCUUCUUUCUUAUGGUAAUACCGCAGGCGCUGGCUCAAAACUUUGCUACUUUGAUUGUGACGCGAUUCUUCUCUGGCGGAUGCGUUUCCUUGCUGGCCAACACGAUCUCUUCUGUCAUACCUGAUGUUUGGGCUACGGACGUGGCACGAAGUGUGCCUGUGGGACUCUACAUCGUCCUCUACUUGGUUGGUAACACUCUUGGGCCACCGAUGUUUGCGGGUGUGAUGCAGCAUAUCGGCGACUGGAGAUGGAUCUUCUACAUCCAGCUCAUACUCUACGGAGCCAUGGCUCCAGUCUUCUUUGUGCUGCUGAGGGAGACACGAGGGAAUGUGAUACUGCGUCGCCGUGCCAAGCAGCUGCGCAAGUCAACUGGAAAGCACAUAUAUACUGCCGCGGAAAUGGACCAGCCACCGCUGUACUACCGGCUGUUUAAAUCGACCACCCGGCCAGCAUAUUUACUUUUCACCGAGCCAGUAUUGAUGGCAAGUACACUUUGGUCUGCCUUCAGCUUUGGCACGGUCUUUCUGUUUACUCAAUCCACUGCACAAGUCUUCAGCACACUGUAUGACUGGCCUGAGUACAGCAUCGGCUAUAUCCAAGCCGCAGUGGUCAUCGGCGAAGUCCUCGGCUGGUUUCCAUCGUUUUACAGCACACGGCUUUACCUCAAAUCAGCUGCACGCAAUAAAGAGGCACCCGGGACGCCGAUACCUGAAGCACGACUCUACGUCAGUGUCUUCGCUUCCUUCAUCAGUAUAGUUGGUGGAAUGCUUGUUUAUGCAUGGACGUCGUAUGCCUGGAUCCAUUGGAUUGUACCUGCGAUAGGACUGGCAAUGGUUGGCUUCGGGAUCCAAGUUGUUAUCACAGCGGUCGCAGACUACAUCACAGACAUCUACGCCGCAUCUGGUUACGCCGGCUCAGCUGUGAGUGCGGUUGCAGCAGGCGAGAACAUUGUUGCAGGCUUUGUGCCGUUGGCUGCCCAGAGCAUGUAUGCCAAUCUUGGCUUCCACUGGGCGAGUACUCUUUUGGCAUUUCUUGCACUGAUGCUUAGUUUUGCACCUGUGAUCUUCAUCUUGUUCGGACGGGAGUUGAGGUCAAGGAGUCCUUUCAUGGUUGCUGGAAAUCAAUUGAAGCAGGCUGCGAGCGAAGAGCGAGAACCAUAG